AUGACGAAAAACGUUGUUGUAUUGGUAACGGGUGGAAGCGGUCUGAUUGGCCGAGCGAUAGCUGACGUGGUUAACAGAGAACGUGGCGAAUCGCAGCACGAAAAGUGGAUAUUUGCCUCGUCGAAGGACGCCAAUUUGUCCAGCUAUAACGAAACAUAUGAACUGUUUGAAAAGGUUCGUCCAACCCAUGUCAUACACCUAGCUUCAAAGGUCGCUAGUCUCUACGCCUCACUCGAAGACAACCUCGACGUUUUCCUGCACAACGUUCACGUCCACGAAAACGUGUCCAAAUGUGCCAACGAAUUUGAGAUUCAGCGAAUGGUCUCCUGUUGCAGCGCAUGUGUUUUUCCUGAAAACGCUACGUUUCCGCUGGACGAGACCAAGCUCCACAAUGGCCCGCCACCAAGGUCAUACUUCAGCUACGGCUACGCUGAACGCAUCGGUCUUGUUUUCAACCAGUUGUACGACGAAGAUUUUCAGCGUAAUUUUGUGACGGCCAUCUGUUGCAAUGUUUACGGUCCGGGGGACAAUUUCGAUCUUACAUCUGCCCACGUCGUUUCCGGGUUGAUUCACAGAUGCUAUUUGGCUAAGCUGAACAAUACUCCCUUCACGGUCUAUGGUACAGGCGAACCAAUUCGUCAGUUUCUGUUUUCGAUCGACGCUGCCCGCCUGCUAAUCUGGGCUCUCUUCGAUUAUGGCCAAUCGUCGCCGAUCAUUCUGUCCGUGAACGAACAGGAAGCGGUGAGCGUUAAGAAGGUGGCGCAAAUCAUUUCUGAACUGAUGGAAUUCAAAGGGAGCAUUGUUUUUGAUUCGACCAAGGGCGAUGGUCAGCAAAAAAGACCACUGUCCAACCAAAAGCUGCGCUCCUAUCUACCAGACCUAAAAUUCACGCCAUUGAGCGAAGGGAUAAAAGCGACCGUUUCGUGGUUUGUGAAAAAUUAUGAAGUUGCACGAAAGUGA